CUCUUCCCGCUUUGAGCUCGAGCUGCUGAUCCGAGUGCCGUUUGGCGGAUGACAGUUUGUUUUCACAGAGGGCCUGUGUGAAAAGAAGAACGAACAUUUAAGUCCUCAACUACGGGACGUUCAUCGCUUUGUCGUCAAGAUGAGGCCGCUUAUUCCAAAAUCCAAAGGAUGUGAAUCCCGGCGACCCGUCUGUGUAGAACAGCUCUAGCCGAGCCAAGGGAAAGAGUGCCGUUCAAACAAGCAUGAGGCUGCUGGCCUCGUCGCCACACCGACUACAACACACACGCGUCGCCCCUAUGGAGUUUUAACCCCUGCAGGAGUACAGGCUGCCUCGGUCCACCGACACGGGUAUGUAUGAGCACACACCGAUAUAACCCUUUGGUUCUGCCCUUGAACAACGAGCAAAAUACUAGAGCGAUAGAAAGAGAUCGAGAGACUGAGGGUCCCAUGUGCCAUUGGGCAGCGGGGCUUUCGCCAUGAGCAGUACUCUGGGCAAAGAUAAAGACUCUAAGGAGAGGGAACCCAAAGCUGAAGGGAAAUCCAAAACCAAAGGGAAAGAUGCCAAAGACGGGAAGAAAGACACGAGCGGCACUUCGCCCGCGGUGGCCUUCGCGGUGGACAGCACGAUAAAGCGGCCCAACCCGCCGCCUAGCACGCGCAAAAAAUCCAGCAACGCGGAGGUCAUAAAGGAGCUGAACAAGUGCCGUGAGGAGAACUCGAUGCGCCUGGACCUGUCCAAGAGAUCCAUCCAUCUCUUGCCCUCUUCCAUUAAGGAGCUGACCCAGCUGACCGAGCUCUACCUGUACAGCAACAAGCUGCAAAGUCUGCCGUCCGAGUUGGGAUGCCUGUCAGGACUGGUGACGCUGGCGCUCAGCGAGAACUCUCUCACCAGCCUGCCCGACUCGCUGGACAACCUGAAGAAGUUGCGUAUGCUCGACCUGCGGCAUAACAAGCUGCGGGAGAUCCCGGCCGUGGUGUACCGCGUCACCUCCCUCACCACGCUCUACCUGCGCUUUAACCGGAUCACCACCGUGGAGAAGGACAUCAAGAAUCUGUCCAAACUCACCAUGCUCAGCAUCCGAGAGAACAAGAUUAAACAGCUGCCCGCGGAGAUCGGUGAGCUCUGUAACUUGAUUACGCUGGAUGUAGCCCACAACCAGUUGGAGCACCUUCCUAAAGAGAUCGGCAAUUGCACUCAGAUCACCAACCUUGACCUGCAGCACAAUGAUCUUCUUGACCUACCUGAGACUAUAGGUAAUUUAUCGAGUAUAAACCGUCUGGGUCUGAGAUACAACCGCCUAUCAGCAAUCCCUCGAUCUUUAGCGAAGUGCCGCGAGCUGGAAGAGCUCAACCUUGAGAACAACAACAUCUCAGUGUUACCAGAGGGGCUUCUGUCCAGUCUGGUGAACCUGACGAGUCUGACGUUGGCGCGGAACUGUUUCCAGUCUUACCCAGUGGGCGGCCCGUCGCAGUUCUCCACCAUCUACUCGCUCAACAUGGAGCACAACCGUAUCAACAAGAUCCCCUUCGGCAUCUUCUCCCGAGCCAAAGUGCUCAGCAAGCUCAAUAUGAAGGACAACCAGUUAACAUCUCUUCCACUGGAUUUUGGGACGUGGACCAGUAUGGUGGAGCUGAACCUGGCAACAAACCAGCUUACAAAGAUUCCAGAGGAUAUCUGCGGACUUGUGUCUUUAGAGGUCCUCAUAUUGUCCAACAAUCUCUUGAAGAAGUUGCCUCAUGGGAUUGGGAACUUGCGGAAACUACGAGAGCUUGACCUGGAGGAGAACAAACUGGAGUCCCUCCCGAACGAGAUUGCCUACCUUAAGGAUCUGCAGAAACUUGUGUUGACCAAUAACCAGCUGACCACUUUGCCGAGAGGAAUCGGUCACCUGACCAACCUGACGUACCUGGGCUUGGGAGAGAAUCUACUGCAGCACCUACCCGAGGAGAUCGGCACACUGGAGAACCUGGAGGACCUGUACCUGAACGACAACCCUAACCUGCACAGUCUGCCGUUCGAGCUGGCCCUGUGCAGCAAGCUGUCCAUCAUGAGCAUCGAGAACUGCCCCCUCAGCCACCUCCCACCGCAGAUCGUCGCCGGAGGCCCUUCCUUCAUCAUCCAGUUCCUCAAGAUGCAGGGUCCCUACCGGGCCAUGGUCUGAGACGCUCGCACACCGUACAAAGAGGAAACCCAAUCGCCACGCGACCCCACCGUUCCGUCGCGCUCACUAUACCUAGGACAAGAAACUGCGCAACUGGGUUCCAAUUGAUGGAGGAAUCAUAGCCAAUUAGGUCCCCUUUACCCCCCGUAGAAAACAACGUCUAGACUUCUGUUGCCAAAAUUAAUGUACAUCAGUGAUUCUGAAGAGGCGCUCUUAAAACGUUCCAAUCAUUUUGCCAAUUUAUUGUCGUCACAGGGGUUUUCGAUACCAGGAAACAGUUGUAUGCAAAAACAAAAACAUUUCUACAAGUUCGUUUUUUUUGCUGCUGCUGCCGCCAUACUGUAUGCGAGUCAUUUGAUUUUGAUUUUAGCCAGUUUUUAUUACUUUAUUUUUUAUCAUCCCACAACCAAAAGAUUUUUUUUUAUUAUUAUUAUUGUACAGAGGACCUGUUUAGAAGCAGUGAACAAAAUUUAGUGUGCGUUUCUUUCUUUCUUUUUUUUUUAAUUGUUGUUUUUAUUAUAGAAUUGUGCCUAUCCAGUGCAGUUGGGUGGUUUGUGUCUGAACAUUAAAUAUUCAAGAGGUUUUUAAUACAAAAAGAAUGAAUUUGCUAAAGUAUAAUUUAUUGUUGAUUAUUUUGUCGGUCCCUUUUCGAAAUAUUCAUUCCUGUUCGCCGUUUUAAUUUUUUUCUGCGAUGAAUCAAAAAUCACAGCAAUCACGUCAUGGGUUUAUCAAGCUAGUGCGUUUAUCACCCUGGUAUCGGUUGGGGGGGGGGUCUCGGUUUGUAAUUGUUUACUUGUUUGCCAUAUCCAGUGUUGCGCUCUGCUUGUAUCCUAUUGGUGAGAGUCGCAUCUACAUAUCAUAUCAGGUGCUGAACAAUGCUAGCAGUUGAAGGCCCACGUUUACUGAGAGGAAUGCCAAACGCCCAUUCAACAUCACUUAAUUCCUUUUUCAAUUUUUUUUAUUCCGCAUUUGAAGGAUUUCCUGGUCCGGUUUUAAACUUCACCUCUUGAUUUCUGCUCCAGAAUAUUAAACAACGGUUGGUCACUUUCUUUUGCACCGGUCACCCCUCUAAUGCUGCUGCCUUUAAUGCACUUUGUACUGAUAUUUGGCAUCCUCUUCAAGUAAAAGGGCCGUGAUAUUUCAUGUUACCGAUUAAACGUAUGGAUGGGGGCAUUUAUUAUUAUGAUUGUUGUUUCUGAAGUAUUUUAUCUUUUAUUUUAAUUCAUGUAUAUUUUAUAGCAACGAAUGAAACGGCAAAUUCGAACGUCAACAUUCUAUUAAGAACCUUAUUCUUCUUUCUCUUUAUUAAAUGUUUUGAUUUAAACUUCUGUCCGACUAGUUUGUUUCUACACAUUUAAAAAGAAACUCAUAUCACUUUCGCAUGGUGCAGAUCAAGUAUUGCAAUUAAAAACUGAAAUGUUUUGAUUUUUAUAUCUUUGUUGUUGUUUUAACAAUGGAAUUUCUUUUGGUUUAGUAUUAUAUCAUGUGACUGUAAAUUUCCACCUCCACUAGUUUCUCAAGCCAAUGCGUUGUUGGUGUUCUGUCCACGCUUUUCCUUUUCUUUUCUCUUCCAUGUUCCCUCUCGCUCUUUUCCCUCGAUCCGUAAAGACGUGUGCAUUGGCAGCAGUGGAAAGGUUUCGGAGAGGCACUCGGCAUUCGUGGGGCCAUGAAAAGGACACAAUUCGCUGCUUUUUUAUCAACCAGCAGAACCUGUUGCUGCUUACGGACCUCCUAGAAACGUAACGCUGUAAGAGAGCCGGCCCCGUUACGGACUGGGUUCUCGGGCCGGUUCUGCUACAGACGAACUCCCUCUGGACCUGCUCGGCCGAGAAUAAAAAUACAAACAUUGUAAAAAGGGCUUUCUCUGUUCAUGCUUAACUAUACACCAGAGGCAUUGCAUUCCUGGUUUUGUAUAAGCUUAGAACUGUACAUUUGUGAGCGUGUGUGAGGGAAUAGUUAGAUGUUCAAAAUGGAAUUAUGAUGUGACAAUAAAUGCCUUUGAGUACUUCAAGUGAGACGUGCAUUAGGGACACGGCCUUGUGACGCGUCCCAUUUAAGUUUAAUUUUUUUAUUUAUGUGCCAUUUAUGCAGGAGAGUGAGGCUGGUUUUAUGUGGGGUAACGGUAUGAUCGGUUCACAAAUCAGGAAUGUAGUCACUAAAACAGACAAUGAAAAACGUAAUUGUACUUUUGAUAGCGAGUUAUAAUCAGCCGCGGUGGCAGUUUUUCAUUUUAAAUCUUGUGUUGUUCUGGUGAAUCCUUAUGAUUGGAGCUUAAGGGUAUGGUUUAUUAUUAUUUUUUUUUAUAAUGUCUGUGCAUUGCAGCCAUUGAAGCUGUAUAAAUGAAGUUCAUAUUCCAUGUUUUUUUCUUAAACAUAGGAAUGUUCUAUUUCCUGCUUUUCUUAUUCUUUUGCCUUGCUAUGUAUAGAAAAAAGCAUGUUGAUUUUCUUUCUCUUUUUUUCGUUCUUUCUUUUUUUUAAGAUUCAUAUUUGUCUGGUUGUGUGGACAGGGAUGUAAAAAAGUGCAAAAGAUAAAAGUGUUGCUCUUUCGUAACUGCAAAA